GACAAGAGCACUUGAGGAUGGACUAUUUCCUGGUGGGGGGAAGGGAGGAGCUUAAAUCUUUUCACACACUCGCCAGUUGGCCGUGGAUGGUUUGGUUCAGUGUAAAAUGGCUCACUCCAGAUUUGAAACCAGAUCCAGUGUGAAUAUGGUGCCCAGCUGGGGAAGCCAGACCCGGUGGGAUUCCCGCCCUGGGAUUUAAGUGUCCAAGGCAGAGAAGUUCAGAGCGAGAAGGUGGACCCUGGGACCAGGUACUGGGAGCCCUUGCAGGGCUUCAGGCUACAAGAAUGAUCUCAAGGGCCCAGCUGGUGCAGAGUGUGCUCCAGGAGCUUCAGGAAGCAGCAGAAUGCUUUGGUGUGGAAGGCCUGACCACUGCGGCCCUGGAAGCCAAGAAGACACUCUCUUCUUUCUCUCUGCCCAGUUGCCGCAGCGGGGAGCAGUUCCAAGGUGAGAUGGAUGUAGACUCUGUGGCUCUCAGCCUUUAUCCAGAAGAUGCCCCUAAGAACAUGCUGCCCCUGGCAUGCAAGGGGAAGGGGAGCCGUCUGUUCGAGGCGGCCAGUGUGUUACUGUGGGGUGGCCCUGGCCUGAGCUCAGAGCUCCGGGCCCGAACUGUAGUGGAAAUGUUGCUGAACAAACAUUACUAUCUGAAGGGCAUGAUUGACUCUAAGGUGAUGCUACAGGCUGUCCGCUAUUCCCUUUGCUCAGAGGAGAGUCCAGAGAUGACCAGCCUUCCCCUUGCAACUCUGGAGGCCAUCUUUGACAUAGACGUUAAAGCUACCUGCUUCCCUGACAGCUUUGCCAAUGUGUGGCACCUUUAUGCUCUGGCCUCAGUCCUCCAACAUAAUAUCUAUUCCAUCUAUCCCAUGUGGAACCUCAAGAUCAGGCCCUAUUUCCACCGACUCAUCAGGCCCCGCUGCUGUAACCAGCCCCCCUCCACUCUGCACAUCAUGUGGUCAGGGCAGCUGUUGGCAGGCCAGCUGCUGGCCUGCCAAGUGUUCAAACCGGAGUAUUUCUCUGCCGUGGUGGGGUUGGAGGAAGUAGAGGCAGAGGUGGCCAGCCCUCCGCUGCCUCCUCCUCCGGUUCCCCCAGCAGAGACGCUGGAGCUGCUGAACCAAGACCCCCAGCUCACCUACUCUCAUCUUCGAGAGCGGUACAGCAUCACCAAGAGCACCUUUUACCGAUGGAAGCGCCAGUCACGAGAACACCGCCAGAAGGCAGCCACGCGCUUUGUUGCCAAGCACUUCCUUCAGUCGUGUUUCCAGGACGGGAACAUAAUCCCUUUGCAGCGUUUCCGCCAGAUGUUUCCUGAAAUCUCGAGGUCCACUUACUACGCCUGGAAGCAUGAGCUUCAGGGUACCUCUGAUGGUGGUGUGAGCAAGGAUCCCAUGUCUGGGGCAUCCCUGGAGGUGGAGGAGCUGGAAAAACUGUCAGCAGAGGGGAAGAAGAGCGGUCCCCUGGACCCUGGCCCAAUGGGGGUCUUCAUGCAGGGAGCAAAGAGCUAUCUGGAGCGCUGCAUCUCCAUGAACACGCUGGUACCCUACCGAUGCUUCAAGCGCAGUUUUCCUGGCAUCUCUCGGUCUACCUACUAUAACUGGCGCAGGAAGGCUAUCAAGGGGAACCCCAACUUCAAGACCCCACCGUCUUUUUCAGGGGGGAGCUUUCAUCCUCCCCCUGGGGAAGUCUUACAUCCUGGAAAGGGAAUUCCUGUCAGGAAGGGGCUGGCUGAGGUGCAACCGAGUGCUCGUGGGCUCUUGCCCCUGAAGCCUUCCCUAGCCAGGUGGCAGAAGCGACUACGCCGGGCUGCUAGGAGGCAGGUCCAGAGUGGGUACCUUCCAUUCUGCCGAUUCCGCCUCCGCUACCCCAGCCUGUCGCCCACUUCCUUCUGGCUCUGGAAGGGCACAGCCAAAGGCAGGCCUAACUCUCGCUUCAACCACCCCUCCCAGAUCCCCAAUAAGGAGAUCCUAGGUGCUGCUGGGAAGGCAGAGGUGGGAGGGAAACCAGUGUUACCCAGUGUCGAGAAGGAGGCAGCCCCCAGGGAGGAUCGCUCUCUGGGGCCCUACCAUGGCACCCUGUCUGGCUAUGCUGUAGCAGGGGGUGGUGGUAGUGGGGGUGGUGACAGUAACAACAAUGGCCAGGUAUUUGUCAUGGAUGUGAUUGCCACAACCCAAUUCAAGGCUCAGGCUAAGCUGUUCUUACAGCGCCGUUUUGAGUCAAAGACCUUCCCCUCAUAUAAAGAAUUCAGUGCCCAUUUUCCCUUCACGGCUCGAUCAACUUACUACAUGUGGAAGCGAGCCCUCCAUGAUGGCCUUACUCUGGUUGAUGCCUAAGGAUGGAGAGAAGGGAGAGAGGGAAGUGGUCCAUGCCAGGAAAGCAUGCUAGGAGCAGAGAGAGGAGCAAGUUUGGAGGUGAGCUGGCCUGGCCUGUUGCCCUACCAGGACCCCUUCAAUUUGGUAGUGAUCAUUCCUCCCAAGAGAAUUGGCUCUUCUUUCCCCUUCUGGCCCUGGUACAGAGUCCCAGGAGGUGACUGGCUGCUUUGCCCAUUUCUUCAUUGUUGUGGCAUGUAGGAUCCCUUUUCUGUUUUGUAGUCUUUGUUAUUCUUGUUUUUUAUUUUCAAGUUCUAUGGGCUCUCCUGAAAAGGAGGAUGAAACUGAUGGAGCGGGGCCCACAGGAGAUGUCCACUAUGUCUGGGGCUUUAGAGACUGGUGGAGAAGACCUAGGGAAGGUGGGGAAGGGGUGGGUUCCUUGACCCUGAUGGCAGGAAAGGCUUAUGUAUCUCCACUUCUGCAGUUUAAGCAAUCGUAUAGAGCUUCCUCCUUGGACAGAGCCUGUCUGAAGGAAAUUGAGGGGCUGACCAAGAAUAGAGAUGGCCCGGGGGGCAUAAUGGGGACCCCUGAAUUCCAAGGAACUUGGUGAUCCUCAAAGUGCCCCGAUCCCCUGGGAUGCCUUCAUUAAAUCCAGGUAAACUGAAGCAGGAUUGUAGUUUUCUUGGAGGUAUUGGUGGUGAGGGGGAGUGGAUAGGGAGUCCAUUGCUACUGCAUGUCUAGAAUCUGAUUCACUCCUCUGGGGUUAGUGGGAUCCAGAGAAGUUGUGUGUGUUUUGGGGGGUUAGCCAGGAGGGGCUAAAAACUGCCUGUGUUGAGGCAGCAGCUUGACUCAACCUCUUAGCUUCCUUCUCUCUGGACCACGUCACGCACCAAAUUCCUGCUGGGGGAGAAAGAGUUCUCUAUCCAUUUCCCCCCAAAGGCAGCAGAGUUGGACAUUUGCCUUUAACUAGCUAUGUUUCCAAGAGAUCCGCAUCUGGGUUCCUGCCCAGUGAUGCUAUGGGGAUGAUAAUGCCUUGGUGGUUUUUCUUUCGCUCUCCCUUCUUUCUCCCAGCUCUGCCCAUAGAGCAGGGGGUCACCAGGCCAGAGGUAUGGCUUGACCAGUCACAGGUAUGAGGCUGCUCCCAUUGUAUGAAUGAAGGGGUUGGGGGGGAGAAGGUUGAAAUUACUUAUCUGACUGUGGUGAAUUUGAAAAGCAAUAAAAGUGUUUUUGUUUUUA